AUGUCACGCCAGUGCACGCUAACAUUACUUACUGUAUUAUUACCACUUGCUUUAUUUUUAGAAGAUUGUCCUUUAGAAGGUACAAUUAAUGGCAUAAAUACUUUGGAUGUAAUUAUCCCAUUUGCUACAAAUAAAUCACUAAAAUGUGGUCUUAUCCCAUCAGAAUUAGAAUCUCAACUUAAUGGUUCAUGGAAGGCUAACAUACUAACUAAAAAUACCCAAUUAGUAUCAUUAUCUUAUAAAGAUGAUCAAGUAUAUAUAGAACCACCUUUGGAGAGUAAAACUUACAAUACAAGUGGACAAACUCAAGUGGAGUGUCUGCUAGUAAAACGUGGGACUAAUGAAAUCAUUCACAAAUUUAUACGUAAAAUCGAUAUUCUACCCUGUAAUUUAGAUGGUACAUUAAAUGGUGUAGAUAAUUCUGAUAUCCACAUAACUAAAGGUUCAUCUGAUCGAUUUUCAUGCGGUCUACUGCCUAGAGAUAUUGAAGACAACUUGAACGCUUAUUGGGUUGGCAAAAUAAUUAGUAAAUCAGUAGUAUCUAGUAGUAGUAGUACUAGAAGCGACAACCUUAUCUUAAUGGUGACGCAUAAUCGAAAAGUUAUAAUUCAACCACCAAAAGGCAAAUUAAUAUAUGACUUAACAGGUUUUGUUCAAAUUAACUGCCAAUUAAAGUCCGUGCAUGGAAACAGCAUAAUCUUUGCUUUUAACAAGACGAUUACUAUUCAUGGCUUUACUUUACCUCUAGAUGAAGCUAUACAGUUAUUAUAUGAGCAUGAAAAUCGUUUAACACUUGGUACAAAUAUGCGUAUGAAAUGUGAUCAUGAAAUACACGAGAAGAAUAAUUCAAUUUAUGAAUAUAAUAAUAAUGGUUAUUGGUUAAUUCAUAUUAUUGGCGGUGACACUGAUAUAAUCAGUUUAAAGACAAUUAAUCGUACAAGUGUUAUUCAACCACCGCAUAACCAUAUUGUCUAUACAAAACCUGGAAAAGUUGAAGUAGUAUGCAGUUUUGCUGAUCGUCAAACUAAAAAAGAAAUAUAUUCAAAAGUGAAAAUUAUUAAAAUUGUUAAUACUUUUCGUAAAGGCACUUUGAAUGGUCGCAAUAGUAGGGAUAUCACUGUAGGUAUUGGUUCAAAAAAUGUAUUCAAAUGUGGUAUGCUCACUUCUGAUGGUCGUUCAUACUACUCCAGAAGAAAGAGUUUUUGGCUAGCAAACAUUAUUGAUGGACCAAAAAAUCUUAUCUCAAUAAAACAUCAUAAGAAUGAGGCAAUUAUUGGACCACCGUUGUGUAGCGAUUUUUAUCAACUGAAAGGACGUGUAAAAAUUCAAUGUAUUCUUAAAUAUGAUGCAUAUGAAAUUGGUUUUGCAUUUAACAAAAGUAUUGACAUUAUCGAUGGUGUAAAAACCGGUACAAUUAAUGGAUAUGAUGAAUUAGAUGGUAUAGUUAAUAUUGGUACUAAUAACACAUUCAAAUGUGGUCUGUUACCUGAAUGGUCUGAAUCAUUGUAUAGCGGUUAUUGGGAAGCACGUAUCCUUUCAUCAGCAAUCCAUCCCUUGAUAUCAAUUAAAUCAUGUUAUAAUAAGGCUGUUAUUGGACCACCAUUCAAUUCAUCUGUUUACUAUUUAACUGGAAGUGUUACUGUGGAAUGUACAUUUAAAAAUCAAGAAAAUAAACAAACAAUUUAUGUGUUUAAUAAAAAUAUUAUUAUAAAAGAUUGUAAUCUUCAAGGUUCAUUGGAUGGAAUUGAUCAAUUCAAUAAAAUUGUAUCACUUGGUUCAAAUAAAACAUUCGAAUGUAGUCUAUUGCCUAAAAGUUAUUUAAGUCUAUUCAAUGGGUAUUGGGAAGCACAAAUAAUCAGUGGCUUGUCUAAUGCAAUAUCUAUUGUGAAAAAAGACAAUAAAGUAUUGAUUCAACCACCUAUAGGUAAUACAGUUUAUAAUAUGACUGAUAGACUACAGAUACAAUGUGAAUUAAAGGCUGAUGAAAGCAGAAUUAUAUACAAGUUUAAUAAAUCUAUAGAUAUUACAAAGUGCAAUCUACACGGAACUUUGAAUGGUAUUGACAAUUCUAAUAUUGACAUACCAAGAGAUUCUAAAGAAACAAUAAAAUGUGGAUUAUUACCAAGCAGUGUAGAGGAUCAAUUAAACGGUACCUGGUAUGGUCGUAUAAUUAGUACAGAACCGCAAAAAGCCAGUAUAAUUCAUCAAUCACAACAGGCAAUUAUUAAACCACCUAACGGUUAUUCUAUUUACAAAUUUCGUGGUCAAUGUAUAGUUGAGUGUAUUUUUGUAAAUCGUUAUGAUAAUACGACUAUAUUUACUUUUAAAAAGACAAUAAGAAUUCAAGAGGAGUCUCGUCUAUUUUCUGUUGUUAAUGUUUUGGAUCAUAGAGAAAAAAUUCUCACUGUUGGUUCAUCCAAUCGGAUAAUGAUUUACAGUAAUCCAGACUAUUAUCUUAAAUUAUUUAAACCUCAAUAUGAUUUAACAAUAGAAAGUGGACCAAAAGAUAUUUUAGAAAAAUAUGACCAACAUUACUAUAUGCCAGCUAGACCAAGUUCAGUGUAUACAAAGUCAGGCACAGUUAAAAUUCGAUCUAUUAUUAAAAGUGAUUCUGUAAUUAUUAUAAAUACAACAAAUAUUGUUCAUAUUAUUGAUUUAGAAAGAAAAGGUACAUUAAAUGGUAUUGAUAGUUCAGAUAUAAUUGCUCCUAUUGGUUCAAAUAAAAUAUAUAAAUGUGGCAUAUUACAAGGAAAAACACGAGAAUAUCGAUCAGAAGGUUAUUGGACAGGACGUAUUGUCUAUUCAUCAUCCAAUCUGUUGAAUGAAAUCAUUUCAUUAGAUUUAAGUAAUAAUGAAGUUGUAAUACGACCACCAUAUUGUGAAUUAUAUUAUAAAACUAAAGGCAAUGUAACAAUUGAAUGUACCUACAGAUAUGUCAGAUAUGAAAUAGAAUUUACAUUUAAUAAAACAAUAAGUAUUGUAGAUGAAAGUAUGGAAGGCAGUUUAAAUGGUAUUGAUAACUCCAGUAUAAUAGUACUCAAUGGAACAUAUAAACCAAUGAAAUGUCAUUUAUUACCGAAGAGUUUAGAAGACGGCGUAUACAGUGGUUAUUGGAAUAUAGAGAUUACUAAAGCGGGAUCAAAUGAGAUGUUGACUGUAGAAAUGUGUCAUGGUAAAGGAUUAAUUCAUCCACCUAAAGGUAGUCAAAAAUUUACCACCGUGGGUGAAGCUAUCGUCAAGUGUACUUUUAAAGAGUAUACAAGUGAUCGUAUUAUAUAUUCAUUUAAUAAAUCUAUUCUUGUAGAAGCUCGUCGCAUGAAAGGAACAUUGAAUAAUAUGAACACACUGGAUAUAAUUAUUCCACUUGGUUCAAAUGUUACAAGCCAGUGUGGUAUAUUACCAAAAGGCACUGAUACACUAUUUGAUAGUUAUUGGGAAACAAAGUUUACUUCAGAAACUCCAUAUUUAUUAUCAUUAAUCAAUCAGUCAAUUCUAGGACCGCCUGUAGGCAGUUCUGUAUAUAAUACUAUUGGUAAAGCAAUAGUUACUUGUUCUCUAAAAAGUCGAAUUGAUGGGGAAACAGUAUUCCGUUUUGAAAAAAGUAUAGAAAUUGUAGAUAAGAAAAUCAUUGGAACAUUGAAUGGUAUUGAUGAGGCUAAUAUUAGUCUUUCUGUUGGUAAUCAAAAUAGAUUAAAAUGUGGCCUUUUACCAAAGUCGACUGAAUCGUUAUAUAAAGGUUAUUGGGAGAUACGUAUCAUCAGUCAAUCAAGUGACAAUUUAGUCUCUAUUGAAAAGAUCCAUAAUGAUGCUGUUAUCAAACCACCAGAAAGUAGUCUAGGUGGAUACAGAAAACCUGGACACUUAGAAGUCGAAUGUAUAUAUAAAUUGCAUAAAACAGAUUAUGUAUAUUUUUCAUUUAGAAAAUAUAUUGAAAUUGAUGAUAUAAGAGUAUCAUUCAUUCCUAGCAGUGGUGAAUUAUUCGUAAAUGAAUCAAAACAAAUUAUUUGUUUACUCUCCGGGAAACAAAGUGCUAAGGCUUAUUCAAAAGGCGUAUUAAAUAUUACACCGAUAAAUAUAACUAAUAAUAGUAAUAUUAAUUACACUAGACUAAUUUCUAUUAAUAAUACAAUGUUACAUCCAUUGAUUUCACCGCCUAUCAAUUAUACAGUCUAUCCUAAAACUGGCCGAGUACCUGUGGAAUGUAAAUUUAAGUAUUAUAAUGGAAAACAUUUCAAGAAAUCAUUGAACGUUACAAUUCGUAUGUUAACUAAAGAGAAGAAAAAGGAAGACAAAGUGGAACAGGCGAAUGAAACAAAAGUAGCCGAAUUUACAGCCGAUGAAUCUUAUUCCAACCAGUGGUUAUUUCUGCUCAUGAUUCUCUGGCUGAUCACUUUGGCCUUAAGCAUGUGGAUUAUCUAUGAAUUAUUUAUUGCUUUCUAUCAUCUAAAUUAUCAUUAUACUGGUUGUCAGUAUUUAAUCGAUCAAUUAAGAUCUGGAAAUCUUAAUCCAUGGUUACCUGGUAAUGAAAUACCUUUUAAUUCAUCAAAUAUCACUGUAAGUGUAUUUAACGAAUGA